AUGGCGGACGGUUCUCUCACGAUCGAGCAGUCGCCACUGUACGUUGCCAUGCUUGCAAAACCGCCAUUUAGGCUCACUGGCCAACCAGCUGACGGCAUCGAAUACUAUUAUUGCUACUACGAGGAUUGUGGCUUUCUCUGGGCGAUGCAAUGGAGUCCACAACCACGCAAGAGAGUCUGGAGGUCCAUGACCCUGCAUUCAUACAAGAAGAUAGCCAUCCCGAGGCUGUGUCGUGUGUGUAGAGAGGCGUUCAACAAACAGAGGAGCGUGGAAGAGGGACAUCAGAUGGGGAAACAGCAAGCGGAGACACAGUGUGACAAAUAUGAGAAGCGACGGUCUGAAACCAGGGAAGACACAAGUAGGAUGAUGUCCACUGCCGGAUUCGAGGACAUCCCUCUAGGGGCACCUGCUGAGGAAGAACAAACUUUGGCAAAGGACCUAUCGUGGGAUGUGAUCGAGGAAAGUGAUGCGAAUGAGGAAUGGAGUAUUAUCAACCACUUCGGCUGUGCCGCGAUCGAACACAGAGACGCACACAUGGAUACUGAGCUUGUCCGACCGUGA